UAUCUCCAUUUCUCUCUUUGUCCAUUUCUCUCUCCCUUGUCUGUGUUUCUCCCUGGAGACCACUGAAGAAGUAGAGACACAAGGGUGUUGAAGAAGAAGAGCUUUUCAUCAACUAUAUAACCAAAGAAUUGAUUGGAUGUUGGUACGAGGCGGUUCGCUACACUCGUCGGUGGCCUGAGAAAGGAUGCCAAACCAGCUAUGGUUUGCACUGCUAAUGAUUUACAGGAGUGGAAGGAUUUCCCUAAGGGACUUAGGGUCCUUCUCCUUGAUGAUGACACUACUUCUGCUGCUGAGAUAAGAUCAAAGCUUGAGGAAAUGGACUAUAUUGUUUCUACAUUCUGCAAUGAGAAUGAAGCUUUGUCAGCAAUUUCAAGCAAACCUGAGAGCUUCCAUGUUGCUAUCGUGGAGGUGAGUACAGGCAACAAUGGGAGUUUCAAGUUUCUCGAAACUGCUAAGGAUUUACCCACCAUUAUGAUUUCAAGCAUCCAUUGCCUGAGCACCAUGAUGAAGUGCAUAGCACUCGGUGCAGUUGAGUUCCUUCGAAAACCACUGUCCGAGGACAAGCUCAGGAAUAUUUGGCAGCAUGUAGUUCAUAAGGCAUUUAAUGCAGGAGGGAGUGUCCUUCCUGAAUCACUAAAGCCCGUCAAAGAAUCUGUGGCUUCCAUGCUGCAGCUCCAAAUGGAAAAUGAAGAACCAAGGAAUGAAAGCUCAGCAGAAACACUGAAUGUGUCCAAUGUCCAUGAAAAUGACCAUAUGCAGUCAGCUGGAACUGAUAAAUACCCGGCACCUUCAACCCCACAAUUAAAACAAGGAGGGAGAUCAUUGGAUGAUGGGGAUUGCCUAGAUCAAACUAACUGCUCAACUGAGAAAGAGAGUGGGGAGCAGGAUGGGGAAUCUAAAUCUGUCGAAACUACAUGUGGCACUUCAGUUGCUGAAGUUACUGCUCAGGUGUCUCCACCUCAAGGACUGGGCGAGAGCGUUAUCAAAGAGGAAGAUGAUUCAGCUGAUGGCUGUAAGAGUGAAAGUAAUAUGUCUCCUCAUCCACAGAAUAAAGACAGUCUCAGUGAGUUUGGUGGUGAUGCUAGAAACCCCAGAAAGGCAUCUGGUGUUCAUAGUCCUUGUGGGACAAGAGCCAAUCGGAAGAAAAUGAAGGUAGACUGGACGCCUGAACUGCACAAGAAAUUUGUGCAGGCAGUGGAGCAGCUGGGUGUGGAUCAAGCCAUUCCAUCUCGAAUAUUAGAGCUGAUGAAAGUGGAAGGCUUGACAAGGCAUAAUGUAGCAAGUCAUCUCCAGAAAUACAGAAUGCAUCGGAGACACAUUCUGCCAAAGGAAGAUGAUAGAAGAUGGCCUCAUCAGAGAGACCCAAUGCAGAGGAAUUAUUAUCCACAGAAACCAGUCAUGGCCUUCCCUCCAUAUCAUUCCAGUCACACCCUCCCAGCUGCUCAGCUCUACCCUGUAUGGGGCCAACCCAGCAGCCACCCUGCUCAGAUGUGGAGCACACCUGGCUAUCAUACAUGGCAGCCCGCAGAAAGUUGGAUUUGGAAGCCUUAUCCAGGGAUGAAUGCCGAUGCAUGGGGCUGCCCUGUGAUGACACCAACACAUACUCCAUGCUCUUCCUUUCCUCAAAAUCCAUCUGGGUUUGAUCAUAAUAAUGGAAGUGGAAUAUACAACACUGGCAUACCACAGAGCCCUAUUGACCUUUAUCCGGCAGAGGAGGUAAUUGACAGGGUAGUGAAGGAGGCAAUAAGCAAGCCUUGGAUGCCACUGCCAUUGGGCCUGAAACCGCCGGCCACCGAGAGCGUGCUGGCGGAGCUCUCCCGCCAGGGCAUCUCCACCAUCCCACCUCACAUCAACACCCCCCGUCCCUACUGAAUCAGCACCAUGCCACACAUAUCCCGCAUCGGCUGCAGAGGAAAAGUGGGACCACAAAGGCAUCUCUGAGGUGGAGGGUGGGACGGUUGAAAAGGGGGCCGCGCAUGUGAAUUGGACGCCACAAAUGAGAUGUGUGGUUGUAAAUAGAGACUAGUUGAGGCUUUUCUUGUUUUUUAAUUGGUGGGUGGGGGUGGGGUUGGUGUGCAAAUAAUAGAGAGAAAAUGGAGGCGGUGGUGUUAUGGUGGAAGGUGGCUGUUUUAGAUAAGAUUGAGGGGUCUCGUCUGAUGAUAUGAAGAUGGGACUUUUUUUUUUGGUUUACAUGUCUAUUUUGAGAAUCUAGAUGUUGCUUUUCCUCGCUUCCCCCAAAUCCCACAUCUAAUCAACUUCAUCUUUUCUAUUAACAUGCAUUAUUUGUUGGAAAAAA